GGAGGCGGGCCGAUGACCCACCCAUCCCGCCAGCUCCAAGGGAGGGGAAGGAGGAGCGCAAGCGGACCCGCGCAGAAGUUCACGAUGUCCCGUUGGUUGCUGUCGUGCAUGUUGCUAGUCCUGAUUGAGGUCGGCCGGCCGACCGCGCUGCAAAACGCGCUGGAGAAAGUCCUGGAGGAUUUCCACGGGCGGAACCUGGUCCAGGCGGCCUUCCGAGGGGAGAUGGCCGAAGAAGUGAUGGAGGUGUUACCAAAGGGCACCUAUGUCCAGUUGGAAGUCAACCUCGUCCAGACCAUUUGCAGAAAACAUCAGUGGAGGAGCCAGAACUGCCAGGUCAAAGCGGGUGGCAGGAGGCAGAAAUGCUUGGCUUGCUUCAAGUUUGAUGCCAUCAAUCCCGGGACCCUCAUCAACAAAUCCCUCCGAUGCUUAUCUGAACAUAAUCCCGCCUUCCAGGAAGUGAGAAGGCGGCAAGAAGAGGAAUGUCGAGCCAUCAAAUUGGCCAAUGAGGACCCAUACUUGCCCGGGAAGUUUGCCUUUUCUGUUGGGCUUCCUUCCUGAUCAUUCCCCGCGCACCUGGCCAGAGCUGCGUGAACUGCUGAUGGCAUCCAGACAUCAUCCCUCUCCACCUUCCAGAAACAUCAGUCCCUCACCUUUCCCUCCCUCUCGAUUCUCCCAAUAAAAUUGCAAGUUGAGUUUUCA